AUGGCUUCGCCGCCAAAGUCCAAGUACGACAUCCUGCCCAGGAUGCAGGUCAAGGGCCCAUUCUCCGUCACCUCGCCUGGUGCAAUUCCGAAAGAGGGGGAGACGUUACCUCGUCGCCUACCCCAGGCUGUUCCCGACCUGAUCACCCUUCCCGGAGGCAACAUCACCACCACAUACGAGCUAGUCAAGUCAAGCGCCGAGAAGUACGGGAACGCAAAGUGCCUGGGUUCCCGCAAGCUCAUCACCACCCACCGCGAGUCAAAGAAGAUCAAGAAAAUGGUGGAUGGUGAGGAGCAAGAGGUCAGCAAAGACUGGACCUACUUCGAGCUGAGCCCUUACGAGUACAUCACCUACCACGAGUACGAAACACUCACCCUCCAGCUCGGCUCUGGCCUGCGCAAGUUAGGCAUGACCAAGGGCGAUCGCGUCCACAUCUACGCUGCCACCAGUGCGCAUUGGCUAGCCAUGUCCCAUGCCGCCGCUUCUCAGUCCAUGCCUGUCGUGACUGCCUAUGACACUCUAGGCGAGCAAGGUCUGAGAUACUCAAUGGUUGCUACCGCCGCCAAAGCCAUCUUCCUUGACCCUCAUCUUCUCCCUACACUCGUGAAUGUCCUCAACGAUGCCAAGGACAUCCGCUACGUUAUCUGGAACAACCAGAAUCAGGCUCAGCAGGCACACGUCGACCAGCUCAAGUCUGCACACCCUCAAAUCACUAUCCUUAGCUUCGAUGACCUGAAGCAGCUUGGCCAAGACAACACAAUCGAUCCUGUUCCUCCUACUGCUGAGGACUUGUGCUGUAUUAUGUAUACUUCGGGCUCGACUGGCACUCCAAAGGGUGUCCCCCUGAAGCAUAAGGCUGUCGUUGCCGCCGUUGCCGGUGUCAGUGUCGUCGUGCAGCCACACAUUGGACCUGGCGAUGGUCUUCUGACGUACCUCCCACUCGCCCAUAUCCUUGAAUUUGUUUUCGAGAAUGCCUGUCUCUACUGGGGGUCGACCAUGGGCUACGGCAACCCCAAGACAUUGUCCGAUACUUCGGUCCGAAACUGUGCCGGCGAUAUCAGAGAGUUCAAGCCCUCCGUCAUGGUCGGCGUCCCUGCAGUCUGGGAGACGGUCAAGAAGGGCAUCAUCGCAAAGGUCAAUGCUAGCGGCGCGGUUGUCAAGACGCUCUUCUGGAAUGCCUUGGCUACGAAGACGAGCCUAAUGAAUGCGGGCCUCCCGGGAUCUAGCCUCGUUGAUACUGUGUUCUUGAAGAAGUUGAAAGAAGCGACUGGUGGACGCCUCAAGCUUUGCAUGAACGGAGGUGGACCCAUUGCCAAAGAAACUCAGCAUUUCAUUUCCAUGGCCAUUGCGCCUAUGAUCAUAGGAUACGGUCUUACCGAGACUACUGCCAUGGGCUGUCUCAUGAACCCAUUGGAGUGGAACGUCAACAAUAUGGGAGCCAUGCCUGCGUCAAUUGAGGUCAAGCUGGUUGACUUCGCGGAGGCUGGCUACUUCGCUCACAAUAAGCCGAACCCUCAGGGCGAGGUGUGGAUCCGCGGCCCGUCGGUCAUGGAAGAGUACUGGGACAACCCUAAGGAGACCAAAGAGGCUAUCACGGAAGAUGGCUGGUUCAAGACAGGCGACAUCGGUGAGUUUGACGGCAACGGCCACCUCAGGCUCAUCGACCGAAAGAAGAACUUGGUCAAGACUUUGAACGGCGAGUACAUUGCCCUUGAGAAGCUGGAAUCCAUUUAUCGUGCGUCCGCACUUGUGGCCAACAUUUGUGUGUAUGCCGAUGCCCAGAAGGCGAAGCCUAUUGCGAUUAUUGUUCCUGCCGAGCCUGCUUUGAUGAAGCUGGCAGAGAGCAUCGGGAUCAAGGGCACCUCUUUGGAAGGACUCGUACAUGACCGGAAACUGCAGAGCGCCGUUCUCAAGGAGUUACAGAGCGCCGGCCGACAGGGUGGUCUUUCUGGCAUCGAGAUCAUUGAGGGAGUUGUCUUGUCCGACGAGGAAUGGACACCCCAGAACGACUUGGUUACAGCAGCCCAAAAACUGCAGCGCAAGAAGAUUUUGGAUAAGUACAAGACUGAGGUGGUCAAGGCGUACGGCUCAUCCAACUAG